AUGCUAAUAGGCGCAGGCGCGAAACUCGGAAAAGGCGCAGUCCAUGCUGUUUCGCUUUCGCGAAGCGCAAGCAGCGGACCUGGGCAUUAUCGACAUCGGCCGGACAAGACGACCGAGAGUGAUCACCGAAGUCGAUUCGAUACCGUCAUGCGAGUGCUGAAGGAGAUCUCGCGCAAGGUCUCCAAGAUUCAAGACACCGCCCUCAGUGACUAUCAGAUCCGUGACCUCAACGAUGAAAUCAACAAGCUCAUGAGGGAAAAGUACAUGUGGGAGGUGCAAAUACGGAAUCUUGGUGGACCUAAUUACAUGCGUGGAGGCGGCAAGAUAUACGAAGAGGGACGAGAGAUACCAGGAGGCGGGAAAGGCUAUCGAUAUUUUGGACGCGCGCGAGACUUGCCCGGAGUCAAGGAGCUAUUCGACGCAGCCAAGGCAAAGGCCACAAAUGAGAAGCCUCUAGAGACGAGGGACGACUUGCGGAAACAGGUCGAUGCGGCGUACUACGGUUACGCGCCAGAUGAGGAGGACCCGGAAUUGCUGGCGUAUGAGCUCGCAAAGGAGGAAGAGGCCCUCGCGCACAUGGCAAAGACCGGAAAGCAGCAACUACCGCCUGACUGGGAGGCUUUGCGGGUGACACAGGCAACGGAAAAGAGCUGCCGACACUGGAGGAGGUGCAAGAAGAGUUGA